AUGGAGCCCAGGAGGGUGGGGCCUGGGGCGCACUGCUGGGGGCCUCGGGUGGCCGCGGGGUCGGGGACGGCUGCGGAGCUCGUGUACCACCUAGCGGGGGCCUUGGGCACUGAGCUGAAGGAGCUGGCGCGCCGCUUCGGGCCGGAGGCGGUGGCCGGGCUCGUGCCGCUGGUGGUGCAGGCGCUGGAGCUUCUGGAAAAGGCGGCCGUGGGGCCCGCCCCGGACUCGCGGCAGGUAUCCGCGCAGCAGGCCGAACUCGAACUGCGGCGGCUGCGGGAGGAGAACGAGCGCCUCCGCAGAGAGCUGCGCUCCGGACCACAGGAGGAGCGCGCUCUGCUGCGGCAGCUCAAGGAGGUGACCGACCGCCAGCGGGAUGAACUCCGGGCGCACAACCGCGACCUGCGGCAGCGCAGCCAGGAGACUGAGGCGUUGCAGGAGCAGCUGCAGCGCCUCCUGCUGGUGAAUGCGGAGUUGCGGCGCAAGCUGGCCGCAGUACAAACCCAGCUGCGCGCCGCGCGGGACCGCGAGAGCGAAUCAGAGCGGCGGCGCGAAGCGACCUUGGAGCCCGCGCUAGAGCAGGCGCACGGCCAGGCCGCGGCGCCCGGGUGCGAGCAGAGGCAGGAGCCCGAGACGGCAGCCGCGGGCACAGGUGCCCCGGGGACUCCUGGGGACCGGGCGGAUGCCCUGCCGCCGCCAGGACGCCCCCCCAAGGUAGGGCAGUGCGGCUUCAGUCGAGAGGAGGUUGAACAGAUCCUUCAGGAGAGGAAUGAGCUCAAAGCCAACGUGUUCCUGCUGCAGGAGGAGCUGGCCUACUUCCAGCGGUGA